AGGGCCUGUUUGAAGAGCGGCCAUUCAAUAUCCAAAUUCCAAACCAUGAGAACGAGAAUGGAGAGACCGAAGCACAAGACCACGAUGUUACCAUUGGGUUUGUUCUUGUUCUUCGCACUCUUUGUUGUCAACGUUCGUGCCCAGUCCUUGCCACCUCCGAAGAUCGACGGCUUCGUCUACGAAAAUAUCCGAGUUAACUCGGACACGAUCAUUAUCGAAGCGUUCUACGACCCGGUCUGCCCAGACAGUAGGGACUCCUGGCCACCUCUCAAACAAGCCCUUAGCUACUACGGCUCUCGCGCUUGGCUCGUCGUUCACCUCUUUCCGUUACCUUACCAUGACAAUGCAUUUGUUGCAUCUCGUGCUUUGCAUAUAGUAAAUAAGUUGAAUGCUUCUGCUACUUUCCCCUUGUUGGAGCACUUCUUCAAGUAUCAGAAACAAUUUUACAAUGCCCAAACUCGCAACUUCUCUAGGGCUUUUAUCGUUGACAAGAUCGCCAAGUUUGCAACAGAAGUAGUUGGGAACUCCUAUUAUGGUACUAUAAAAUCUGAAUUCAAUGACACAAAAACUGAUCUCAAAACAAGGGUUUCUUUCAAGUUUGGUGCUUCCAGAGGGGUGUAUGGGACACCCUUUUUCUUUGUUAAUGGAUUUUUGUUGCCUGAUGGUGGAUCCACCAUAGACUUCAAUGGAUGGAAAAAGAUUAUUGACCCACUAAUUGGCGUCCACGGCGGCAAGAGCUUGGACUCCCUGCAUUUCUUCUUAUGAAGGAUUUGUCUUUUGGCAGUUGUCGUUUCGCUUGAGUGUGUGGAUAGAAUAAAGAGUCAGCACCUUGCCAGUAGGCUAUAGCACUCUGCUUUGUCUCUCUAUGGAUGUUUUCGUGCAAUAAGUGCUUUGGUACCUGAUGUCAAUUACAACUUCAUUCAAUGAGAGUGAUGCUCCGAGACACAAGGUCCUAUAACAAAUGUAAGAAUGGAAUCCUAGAACCUUAAACAGCCCUGCAUCCUAUGCUUUAUCUUCUGUAGGGAGAGGUCAAAGGAAUGUGGAGUGUAACCUCUCUCUGUUGGAUAUGUGUUUUUGUUUUUUUUAAUUUUUAUUUAUUUAUUUAUUUUUUUGGGAAAAUCAAAUUUAGUCUCUGAGUUUUUCAUGCGAUUUCAA